AUGUCCACCCCGGCAGCUAAGCGGCGCAGAAUCGACGUCGCCUCCCAAACCCUUUCCAAACCCUUUCGCUCUCCCUUCAAGACGCCCUUCAAGUCCCCCGCGAAAGACGACGCAUCUCAAGACACCACCAAUACACGGGCUCCGGCUAGAGCUUCAGCUCAAAGCAGCACACCGCUCGCCCUCAAGAGCAGCAACUCCCUGCUUUCGAACCCAGCAAAGACUCCAAGCCUGCCACCUCCAUCGGCAAACCCAAGCCGCGGACCCCGCAGCAAGAAGACAUUCACGUCGCCCGUCGCCGCAGCUGCGCUCAAUGCCGACCCAGAUAUUGCUCAGAUGCUGCGUGCGCAGCGAGAGCUGGAGAAGCAGCUAAAGGAGGUCAAGGAGGCGUUGGAAACUGCGGAGCAGGCACGGAAGAUUGAAGCGGAGAGCGAGAAGAAGGAUCCAGAGGGUGAGAUUGAUGCGGAGCUGGUGGAAUUGAUUGAGAAGUGGAAGGGGGCUAGUCGCUUGGCUGCCGAGGAGCUGUUUGGAAAAGUGAGGGAUAGGGUUAACAGGAUGGGUGGUCCACGAGCCUGGAAAGAGAUGCAGAAGAAGCAGGCGGAGCAUCAGAACUCGUGGGACCAGGAAGAACCAGCUAAGAACAACGAUUCCGAUGAUGGCGACGACGGUGAGAAGAAGAAUGUGGAGAAGAGGGAUAUCUAUGCUGAGUACAGCAUCGAUCCGGAGACGGAGAACGAGAAGUCGCAGCGUGUUAAGGGUCUUGGCGAUACUGGAGAGCUUCCCGGCCAAGAGGACGAAUUCACUAUGGCUAUGAUGUUGAGGACAUUGAACGUUAACCUGGACAUCAUUGGCUACGACAGAGAGGAGCAGAGAUGGAUCUAG